AUGUGGGGCAACAACUAUAUCGCUCCUAGAUUCAUUGAAGACGCCAGCGACCUGAUCGAUUUCUUCCAAGCCCACAACCUCCACAGUUGUCUCCCUCGAGGGACGGCGACCUACUGGGCGUUCAACAACCCCGGACAAAACUCGACCAUUGACCAGACGGCGACAGAUAGCCCGGACUUGCUGGUCAAAUGCCAUCUGUAUCACGAAAACUAUGGAUCCGACCAUGGGGAUGCGUUGAACAGCGUGUCGAGUCUGCUGGGAGGCUCAACCGAAGGUGAGAGAGGUAAUCCAGACACCGUCUCGAGGGCGAAGACGGUUGAGGCCGUAUUGGACUUCGCCGAGGCGUCACAGAGGUUUCGCAGUCGUGCGCCACAAGGGCAGCCUAAUAGCGGGAGCGGCAAUGGGCCAGGGUAG